AGGCGCAACCUCCCUCCUCCAUGCGUAAAAUAUGUAGGGCAUGCUUUGCCACCUCCAUUUGAGAAAACCCAAACCGGUAAAUAUACUCUGCUGUGGGUGGAGGAGAGGGCGAGCCAUAUUAGCCACUCUCAUCACCGUCAUCUUUAGGCAGCGUCUCAACUAAAGAAGAGCACCACAUUUGGAAGGAGGAGGAGGAAAAAUGGACAUUACCGACCAGGGUGCUCAAAUGGAGCCUCUGUUGCCAGCGGAACAAAGCACGCAAGAAAAUAAAAAUGUGAGGACAGAUGAGGAGGCAGUCGUGGACCGCGGCGGAACCCGAUCCAUGCUGAACACCAACUUUGAGAAGGAAGAACUAGAAGGUCAUCGUACUCUCUACAUUGGGGUACAUGUUCCUCUGGGUCGAAGAUCACAUCGCCGCCACCGCCACCAUGGUCACAGACAUAGGAAGCGGUCCAAAGAGAGGGACUCCACAGCAGAUGAUGGACGGGAAUCCCCAUCACACACAAACACACCAGCUCAGAGGGUGCAGUUUCUGUUGGGAACAGAGGAUGGCGAUGAGGAGCACAUCCCACAUGCCUUGUUCACAGAGCUAGAUGAAAUCUGCCUCAGGGAAGGCGAAGAUGCCGAAUGGAAGGAGACAGCCAGGUGGCUAAAGUUUGAGGAGGACGUUGAGGAUGGCGGCGAGCGAUGGAGUAAGCCCUACGUGGCCACAUUGUCUUUACAUAGUCUGUUUGAGCUCCGCAGCUGCAUAAUGAAUGGCACUGUGAUGCUGGACAUGAGAGCAAAUUCACUGGAGGAGAUUUCAGAUAUGGUCCUGGAUCAGCAUGAGGUGUCCGGCCCCUUGGGUCAGGAUGCCAGGAGGAGGAUCCGUGAGGCCCUGCUCAAACAGCAUCACCACCAAAACCACAAGAAGCUUGCCAAUCGCAUUCCAAUUGUUCGAUCAUUUGCUGACAUCGGGAAAAAGCAAUCAGAGCCGCAUUCCAUGGAUAAGAAUGGCCAAACAGUUUCAUCCCAGGCACAGUCAGCCACCACUGAGGCCAAACAGGAUGUCAGCAGAGAAAACAGUGCUGUCGACUUUAGCAAGAUUGAUCUUCACUUUAUGAAAAAGAUUCCGCCUGGAGCUGAGGCCUCCAAUAUCCUGGUUGGAGAGUUGGAGUUUCUGGAGCGUCCUGUGGUGGCCUUCGUCCGCCUGGCACCUGCUGUGCUUCUGAGUGGUCUGGCUGAGGUUCCCAUAACCACCAGGUUUCUCUUCAUUCUGCUUGGGCCUCUAGGGAAAGGUCCACAGUACCAUGAAAUUGGACGUUCUAUUGCAACCCUGAUGACUGAUGAGGUUUUCCAUGAUGUGGCAUAUAAAGCCAAAGACAGAAAUGACCUCGUGGCUGGUAUCGAUGAGUUCUUGGACCAAGUUACAGUGUUACCCCCUGGAGAAUGGGAUCCCUCCAUCAGAAUAGAACCCCCUAAAAAUGUGCCCUCUCAGGAAAAGCGGAAGAUUCCUCCUCUUCCAAAUGGAGUUACAGAUCUUGUUGAGACAGGGGAACAUGGAGGCCAUGGUGGCCCUGAGCUUCAACGGACUGGAAAGCUGUUUGGCGGUUUCAUCUUAGACAUCAAGAGAAAGGCCCCUCACUAUCUUUCUGAUUACACCGAUGCCAUUAGCCUCCAGUGUCUGGCCUCCUUCCUCUUCCUUUACUGUGCUUGCAUGUCACCUGUGAUCACCUUUGGAGGUCUUUUGGGUGAGGCUACUGAAGGGCGUGUGAGUGCUAUCGAGUCCUUGUUUGGGGCUUCCAUGACUGGAAUUGCGUACUCGCUUUUUGCUGGGCAGCCACUUACAAUUCUUGGCAGCACCGGUCCUGUUCUUGUGUUUGAGAAGAUCCUGUUCAAGUUCUGCAAAGAGUAUGGCCUCUCCUACCUCUCCCUGAGGGCCUGCAUAGGCCUUUGGACGUCAUUUUUCUGUCUCCUGCUUGUGGCCACAGACGCUAGCUCGCUGGUUUGUUAUAUCACUCGGUUCACAGAGGAAGCCUUUGCUGCCCUUAUCUGCAUCAUCUUCAUCUACGAGGCCCUGGAGAAACUAGUUCACUUGGGCGUGCACUACCCCAUCAAUAAAAACAACAACCUGCAGAAACUAACACAGUAUUCGUGCAUUUGUAUGGAGCCCAGGAAUCCUAGCAAUGGGACUCUACUUUUCUGGGAGGAGAGGAACAUCACAGUCUCUGAGGUCAACUGGACGAUGUUGGAAGUAAAGGAGUGCGAAGAGCUCCACGGAGAGUUCAAGGGCAGCGCCUGUGGCCCCCACGGCCCUUACAUUCCUGAUGUCCUAUUCUGGUGUGUGGUCCUCUUCUUCUCUACCGUCUUUAUGUCUGCAUUCCUCAAAGAGUUCAAGACAAGGCGUUACUUUCCUACCAAGGUGCGGGCCAUCAUAAGUGAUUUCGCAGUCUUCAUUACCAUCCUCACUAUGGUUCUUGUUGACUACGCUCUGGGUAUCCCUUCACCAAAGUUACAGGUUCCCAACAAGUUUAAACCAACCAGAGAUGAUCGUGGCUGGGUCAUUAACCCCGUAGGCCCCAACCCAUGGUGGACCACCAUCAUCACCUUUAUUCCUGCUCUGUUGUGCACAAUCCUCAUCUUUAUGGACCAACAGAUCACAGCUGUUAUUAUCAACAGGAAGGAACACAAACUGAAGAAAGGCUGUGGCUACCAUCUAGACUUGUUUGUGGUUGGGGUGAUGCUGGGCCUGUGCUCUGUGAUGGGCCUGCCAUGGUUCGUGGCUGCCACUGUGCUUUCUAUCUCUCACGUAAACAGCCUGAAGUUGGAGUCCGAAUGCUCUGCACCUGGAGAGCAGCCUAAAUUCCUUGGCAUCCGAGAGCAGCGCUUUACUGGGCUCAUGAUCUUCACCCUAAUGGGUUGCUCAGUCUUUAUGACCUCUGUGUUGAAGUUUAUCCCCAUGCCUGUCUUGUAUGGAGUUUUUCUCUAUAUGGGGGCAUCCUCACUAAGAGGCAUCCAGUUCUUUGACCGUCUAAAGUUGUUUGGGAUGCCAGCCAAACACCAGCCUGACUUCAUUUACCUCCGCCACGUUCCUCUGAGGAAAGUGCACCUCUUCACCAUCGUCCAACUCAGCUGUUUGGUGCUGCUGUGGGUUAUAAAGACCUCCAAGGCUGCCAUAGUUUUCCCAAUGAUGGUCUUGGCACUCGUCUUCAUCCGUAAGCUCCUAGACUUAAUCUUCACUAAGAGAGAACUGAGCUGGUUGGAUGACUUGAUCCCUGAGUGGAAGAAGAAGAAGCUAGAAGAUGCUGCACAAGAGGAGGACCACAGUAUUAUUGCAGAGGAAGAAGGCAUUGUGCAGGUGCCACUUGAGGAACAUUACAAGAGCGACCCAGCUACAGUGAACAUCACUGAUGAGAUGUCAAAAGGCUCAUUUGGCAAUGUUUGGAAGAGUGUGAACCCUGGGGAAAAGGAUACGACCACUAAAAGCUCCCCUUCCUAACCUCUCAGAAGCUAAGAAGCCAAAGUUUGCCCAAGAGUGUUGAGAAGCGCCACAAGCGUCGGCGGCACAACAAGAGCUUGGACCGGGAGACAAGUUUGUGAUGACACAGACUGGCAGACAAUGCCAUCAUUUUGUCUGCUUUGUUUCAUUGGGGAAAAAAACAAAACUGUGCCACACUCCACCACCUUCGUACUGUGAUACACUGUUUUUUGUUAAGCGUGUUGUGUGCAACUUGUGUAUAAAACACGAAACAGCAUUGGCAACUAUAUUCAAGAGUAACUUGCACGUUUGCGUGAAACCAGCAACAAAACGGGCCAAUUUAAGGACACAUUUUGUCGAAUGUUUAAUUCUAUUUUAUAUGUAUUUAUGUUUUGCAAAUACUGUAACAUUAAUAAAAUCCUGCCUCAACAAAACUGUUAAAUUGCUUAAGUAAGAUAUAACAAAACAUUAUUGUAGGAUUUAGGAUUUACCGUAUAUGAAAAGUGUUUUAUGGCAAAUCUACUUUUGAGUGAAGAAUUAUUAUAAAUCUCAUAUAUUCUGUAUAUUUAUUCUUUUUUUUGUGAUGUUACAGCUAUUUUUUCUCUUCGUACAUCUUUUUCAAGUUAGCACAUUUAACUUCACCUCCUUGGUGUUUUCUUCUUUGUCCAUCGUUGCUUAUUUUUUGAGUGGCUUGUACAAAAAAAAUAUCUUUACCGCUUUCAUCUUGUCAAUAUGUGCCAUCCACGGACCUAUGCUGUCUUCUGUCUUGUGCUAGAAUUCAAUUCAAUUUUUGUAAAGACACCAUUAGCACUUCUAGGGAUGCAAUAAUAUUUUUUUCUGCAAAGGGCAACCUGUAAUUCGUGCUGAACAGUCUUAACAAUGUAUAAUACAUACUAUAUAUUUUAUUUUACUCAGUUUUCCUAAUAUAUUACUAAAAAUGAUGUGUAAGGCAGUUUUCUGAUGUUUGUAGUUUCUUUCCUCAUCGUCUAAUGCUUCUCUCGAUGCUAAUAAGAGGUGAAAAUGAUAUAAAUUCCACAUAUUUUGACUGCGUGUGUGUAUAUUUAAUUUUAAUUUUUGCCUUAAACUUUUAAUAGAUGAUAGCUAUGUGCUUUUGGUUGUUAAUUUGACUGGAGAUUGUGAUGUAAUCAGGUUCAGUUUGAUGUUAAAUUGUAGUUUUGUUCAGCACAAUGAGAAGGAUACGAUCAAGAGUGUCUAAAUAUUUCAAUAAACCUAUAUGAAACCA